AGCUUCUGGUUCCAUAACCAGAAAUUGCUACCUGGCUCUUCUAAUGGAAUGGAGGGCUUUUCCAUUCUUAGUCCAUCCAACUCUGAACUUGCUCCGAAUCUCAAACUUUUCUAGUCACAGAACAAAUGCUCAAGUGCUUUCAAGAGUUUUUCUGUAGAUUAGGUUUAUUAGCACCAACUUCAUGACUUCUAAAAUGUGACUUCUUGAAUACAGGUAUCUGCCAGUGAUAUGGGGUGGAUAAUUAAUAAUGCUUAGCUACUUCUAUAAAGACAGUGUUGCUUAUUUUUCAAAACUUUUUCUUUUUUUUUUUUUUAACAAUUAUAUUCUUCCCUUCUCCCCAAGAGGUGGGCAGAAAAGCAUUGUUAAUCUCCUUUUACAGAUGAGGAAAAACAAGAUCAGAGGUGCUGAGUGCUGUAGCCUAGUGCCAGGUCUUCUGUCCCCAAUUCUGGGUUCUCCCCAAGCCCAUGUUUCUCUUUUCUCGCAAUCUUUACUUCUUCCGCUGGCCUUCAGCACCACCCAAAAUACUUUUAGUUCUGGAAAAGAAGCCCAGCUGCACACUGGCACACUUGACCUUCAUGCAAUCAGAAGCUUUGGAUGAUUCCCCAUCCAAAAUAUUAGAGAUGAAAUGAAUGCAAAGGAGGCAUCUGACAAAAGUUGCUUUUUCCCUUCUGCAUUUAGGACCUCAAGUAAUGUUUAUCCAGAAACUGCUAUCAUACCAUAGAUUCAGUGUAUAUUUAACAACAUAGGCAUACAAUCUGGCAAAUUAAAAAUCUCUUAACCUACACCCUGGAUCCCUGCCCAAAUUUAAGAAGAGAACUAAGGUGGACACAGUGUUUUUUUCCAUGUUGCAUCUUUUGUGAUGGGAGCUAUGAUAUGUGGGAGCAGAGAAUGGGGUGGGUGGGUGGAGCACACGGCAGAUGAGGAUCUAUCAGCAGUGGGAGGGGGCAUCCACUUUAGCAUCUCCACCCUGCUCCUCUCAGAGGACCGCCUUUCAUUGCAUUCAGCUGUGAUGGUAGCAAGAACACGGGCACACUGAGGAUGAGGAGAGCGGGAGCCUUGUGUUCUCUCUGCAUAUGAGGCAGGACAGCACAGGGUACGGAGCAGUCUACAGAGAGGCCAGCUCAUCAGCUCAUCAGGGAAGCACUUGUCUUCCACCUUGGGCUUUGACCGAGCACUGGGCAAUUGGCCCCUGGGGAUCAACGGAAGAAUCCUAAGCAGAGUGACUCUAUGUCACACUAUGGAAUGUUCCAAGUAGGUGGCCAUGUUUUCAAAAGAUGUCUUUUCCUCCUUUCAUUGUUGCCAUUUCAUAGGUUUAGGUUUGGGUGUAUGUUACUCCUCUCUGAAUGGCACUCGAAUGUUUGCUGACUCUUACUCUGUGUGACUGGGGCGUACAGCUAUGCACUGAGUGUGAAAGAUGAUCAAAGAUCUUUCAUGAUGAAAACAGUCUCUUCUUUUCUGACAGCUGAAGAAGCAUCUGUAGGGAAUCCAGAAGGAGCGUUCAUGAAGGUGUUACAAGCCCGGAAGCAGCACACAAGCACUGAGCUGACUAUUGAGGUGGAGGCGCCCUCAGACAGCAGCGGCAUCAAGUUGUCAGGCUUUGGGAGUGAGCGGCAAGACACCAAUGACGAGAGUGAUGUUAUCAGUGCACUAAGACACAUCUUCCCUUAUUUCUCAGAAGGAAAUCUAGAUGCAGAAUCAAUAUUGUUACCAUUCGCUAAACUGCUUUUUUCAAAUGUACAAGGUGGAGAUAGGUUCCGGAGUAUUUUGAAAAACAAUAGAAAGAGCCCCUCACAGUCCAACCUUCUAGGUAACAAAUUUAAACAUCAAAUAUUUCCAAAUAAACUAGAAACUGUUGAGCCACAGGAAAACAGCCUGGUAAAGAUUCACGGUGUAGGCAAAAACCUGCAGAGAGUGAACAGAGUCCUCACAGGCCCAAGGGGCAUCCAGAAAAGACACUUCAAAGAGGUGGGAAAGCACAGCACUAGGAAAGAACAGGAUGCCCAGGCACUUGUGGACAAUGCUGCCAAAGAAAAAAGGCUUGAGAGGCCAGCCCCAAGGGAGCUGGAACAGCCUCACGUAGUGCAGGGGCCUGAGAAGGUAGCGGGAAACACCAUCUACACUAAGCCUUCGUUCACCCAAGAGCAUAAGGCAGCAGUCUUCUCUAUGCUGAAACCCUUCUCCAUGGUCAUGCCUUCUGCCUCUAGCCCCGCAAGAGCCCUACCUCAGGUCAGAGACAGAUCGAAAGACUUAGCCUACACCACUUUAAUGUUAGAAAUGGCAAUGUCUAGGGUUAAAAAUAUGGAGGCUGCUAAACCAAUCGCACAUUCCAAUAGACUGAUGCUCGCAAAGAGGCUGCCGUUGUCUGCAGAGAAGAGCCUCAUAAAUUCACAAGGGGUUUUUUCAUCCUUAGGAGACCUGAGUCAUCAAGAAAACCCUCUUCUGGGAGUAUUUGCUCCUUCAGAACGUUUUAUAGAAAACACUCAUGUAGAAGACACAGCUGCAAGAGAUGCCUCUGAAGAAAACGUUUUUAUGGAAAACACUGUUAUGCCAGAAGGCACCAUCUCUGAAAACACAAACUACAAUCAUCCUCCUGCGGCAGCUUCCGCUGGGACUGCGUUCAACUUAGAGCCAACUGUUACAGAAACUGACACAAAAUGGGAACACAACAACGUGGGCACUGACCUGUCCCCCGAGCUCAAAAGCUUCAGUGACCCAUUGCUCUCCUCCCCAGGUGAUCAGUUUGAAAUUCAGCUAACCCAGACGCUACGGUCCCUCACCCCAACGAGGAUGUGAGAAGGUUCAUGUCUCAUGUUAUCUAGACACUGAAAUUAGAAUGUUCAGAAACGUAUGUGCAAAUGACCUGUGCCAAGCUCAUGUCGUGAACAGGCCUCCAGAUGAAGCUUCUCAGCAAGCAGCAGGAAGCAAAGGCAUCCAAGGCAGAAUGGGAUAUCUAUCUAUCUAUCUAUCAUCUAUCUCUAUCUAUCUAUCUAUCUAUCUAUCUAUCUAUCUAUCUAUCUAUCAUCUAUCUAUCUAUUGUCUAUCUAUCUAUCUAUCUAUCUAUCUAUCUAUCUAUCUAUCUAUCAUCUAUCUAUCUAUAUAUCUUCACUAGGUGUGAUGGCACAUGCCUGUAGUCCCCGCUACUAGGGAGGCUGAGGUGGGGGUAUCACUUGAACCCAGGAGGUAGAGGUUGCAGUGAGCCAAGAUGACACCACUGCACUCCGGCCUGGGUGACAGAGCAAGACCCUGCCUAAAAAAAGUAUAUACAUAUAUUUUAUAUAUAUAUAUGUGUGUGUGUGUGUGUAUAUGUAUAUAUAUAAUGUGUAUGUGUGUAUAUAUAUGUGUGUGUGUGUGUGUGUGUGUAUAUAUAUAUAUAUUUCUGCAGGGCCCUAUUGUGAGUUUGUUACACAACUUACUGCAACUUAAAUUGUGCCACCACCACCCCCCACAACAUGGCAAGCUAAAUAGAAACUCAGUUAUGCUAAGGCUGGUUGAGGGCAUUAUGCAAGAUUAGCAUGGAAAGGGCCCUUCAUUUAGCGCUCUGCUCCAUUCAUUUUUGUCAGGUCACUUUCUUAUCUUCACCAGGUUGUCAGAUCUGUUUUACUGCCCUAGCCUCACUUUCCUCAGCCUCCUGCAGCAUCUUCCCUGUGAGCUAGAUCCCUUCCUCUCUGGAUGAAGUCCUCUUCAUCGAACAACUUUCUCACUUAGUUCUCUAAGAUAGUGAGGAUCUGUCUGCUUUUUUCUUGACCAUUAGUGGGUAGGAAAAAUGCUCUGAUUGUCUGUAACCAUUUGUCACCAAGGACAUAAAGACAUUGAACUGAUUUCCUCAUUGGAGUUCAUUAUUGGAAGUCUUGAGGAGUUUACACAUUUAUAUACAAAGUACGUAGGCCAGCUCAUUUGUCUUGGCUCAUGUGUAAUGAUGUUUAAUGCGUAUUGAAAAAUUACUAUCCUCAAAUAAGGAGAAUGUGUAUCUCAGGUCAUUUACAGUCUCAAAGCUUUGUCAGUAUAUUUUGAAACAAUCCUGCGAACAGAUCUAGAUUGAAGGAGACUUAAGAAUCAUGAACUGCUCUUUCUCAGUGACCAGGUCUUUUGCUCAGGCGCAGAUGGGGAAGCGGAGCCAAUAUGCCAGUGGCCCGGAGCUGGGUUUGUCGCAAAACUUAUGUGACCCCGCGGAGACCCUUCAAGAAAUCUUGUCUCAACCAAGAGCUGAAGCUGAUCGGCGAGUAUGGGCUCCGGAAUAAACGUGAGGUCUGGAGGGUCAAAUUUACCCUGGCCAAGAUCCGCAAGGCCUCCCGGGAACUGCUGACGCUUGAUGAGAAGGACCCACGGCGUCUGUUCGAAGGCAACUCCCUGCUGCGGCGGCUGGUCCGCAUUGGGGUGCUGGAUGAGGGCAAGAUGAAGCUGGAUUACAUCCUGGGCCUGAAGAUAGAGGAUUUCUUAGAGAGACGCCUACAGACCCAGGUCUUCAAGCUGGGCUUGGCCAAGUCCAUCCACCACGCUCGCGUGCUGAUCCGCCAGCGCCAUAUCAGGGUCCGCAAGCAGGUGGUGAACAUCCCGUCCUUCAUUGUCCGCCUGGAUUCCCAGAAGCACAUCGACUUCUCUCUGCGCUCUCCCUAUGGGGGUGGCCGCCCGGGCCGCGUAAAGACGAAGAAUGCCAAGAAGGGCCAGGGUGGGGCUGGGGCUGGAGACGAUGAGGAGGAGAAUUAAGCCCACUUGUCCCUCCUGGGCUGCUGGAUUGUCUCGUUUUCCUGCCAAAUAAACAGGAUCAGAGCUUUAAAAAAGAAAAAAAAAAAAAUCAUGAACUGGAGGCGGCACCGGGGCAGGCGCAGAGCUGGCAAGCACGUGGUGGGGCCCGAGGCACGCAGAGGGUGGCGCGCCUGGGAGCCUGUCGCUGGCGCGGUCCAGGAGGGAGGUUCGGCGGCGGGAGGCAGCGUGUCGGUUGCAGGGCUGAAGAAGCAGUCCUAUAAGGUCAGUGAGAAGGUCGGAGGGGCUGAGGGGACCAAGCGAGAUGAUGACUUCAAAGAGAUGGAGGUGUCAUCAAUAAGGCGGUGACGGAAAUGCUGGCAAGGACCAUCAAGUACCUGCAGUCCAACCCAGCCUCGCAGGCUAAGCUGACCAUGCUCACGGUGUGCAAGAUCCGGGGCCAGGUGAAGAACCCCGGCUACCCGCAGUCGGAGGGCGUCCUGAGCCAGUGCCUCAUCCGCCACCAGAAGGAGCUGGGCAACGAGUCCAACUUCACUGAUGCACUGCUGGAUGCCAGCGAGUCCAUGAAGCACCUGGCAGAGGUGAAGAACUCCCUGGACAUAGAGGUCAAGCAGAACUUCAUUGACUUCCUCCAGAACCUGUGUGAGAAAGACCUGAAGGGGAUCCAGCACCACGUGCAGAAGCUGGAGGGCCGCCGCCUGGACUUUGACUAAAAGAAGCGGCAGGACAAGAUCCCCGAUGAGGAGCUGCGCCAGAUGUCAGGCUUUGGGAGAAGGCAGCAAGACACCAAUGAUGAGAGUGAUGUUAUCAGUGCACUAAGUAAUAUCUUGCCUUAUUUCUCAGCAGAUCUAGAUGCAGAAUCAAUAUUGUUACCAUUCGCUAAACUGCUUUUUUCAAAUGGACGAGAUGGAGAUAGUCUCCUGAGGUAUUUUGAAAAACAAUAGAAAGAGCCCCUCACAGUCCAACCUUCUAGGUAAUAAAUUUGAACAUCAAAUAUUUCCAAAUAAACUAGAAACUGUUGAACCAUAGGAAAACAGCCUAGCAAGAUUCAAAGUGUAGGCAAAACUUACAGAGACUGAAGACAGUCCUCAUAGGCCCAAGGAGCAUCCAGAAAAGACACUUCAAAGAGGCGGGAAAGCACAGCACUAGGAAAGAACAGGAUGCCCAGGCACUUGUGGACAAUGCUACCAAAGAAAAAAGGCUUGAGAGUCCAGCCCCAAGGGAGCUGGAACAGCCUCACGUAGUGCAGGGUCCUGAGAAGGUAGCGGGAAAAACCAUCUACUCUAAGCCUUCGUUCACCCAAGAGCAUAAGGCAGCAGUCUCCUCUAUGCUGAAACCCUUCUCCAUGGUCAUGCCUUCUGCCUCUAGCCCCGCAAGAGCCCUACCUCAGGUCAGAGACAGACCGAAAGACUUAGCCUACCCCAUUUAUUGUUAGAAAUUGCAAUGGCUAAGCCAGCAGAGUGGCGCAGUGGAAGCGUGCUGGGCCCAUAACCCAGAAGUCGAUGGAUCGAAACCAUCCUCUGCUAGAAAUUGCAAUGGCUAGUGUUAAAAAUAUGGAAGAUUCUAAACAAAUCAUACGUUCCAAAAAAAAUACCACUUUUAUAAAACUCGCUCCCAUGUGGCCCACAGAAUACCCAAGGCCAAAAAGAUUAGAAAGUUUAGAAAGAGCAGUUAUCUCAAUAGACUGAUGCUCGCAAAGAGGCUGCCGUUCUCUGCAGAGAAGAGCCUCAUAAAUUCACAAGGGGUUUUUUCAUCCUUAGGAUCUUGAGUCCUCAAGAAAACCCUCUUCUGGAAGUAUUUGCUCCUUCAGAAUGUUUUAAGAGAAAACACUCAUGUAAAAGACACAGCUGCAAGAGAUGCCUCUGAAGAAAACGUUUUUAUGGAAAACACUGUUAUGCCAGAAGGCACCAUCUCUGAAAACACAAACUACAAUCAUCCUCCUGUGGCAGCUUCCACCGGGACUGCGUUCAACUUACAGCCAACUUUAACCAAGCUGAGAGAAAAUGGGAAUACAACAACGUGGGCACUGGCCUGUCCCCCAAGCCCAAAAGCUUCAAUGACCCAUUGCUCUCCUCCCCAGGUGAUCAGUUUGAAAUUCAGCUAACCCAGCAGCUACGGUCCCUCAUCCCCAACGAGGAUGUGAGAAGGUUCAUGUCUCAUGUUAUCUAGACACUGAAAAUGGAAUGUUCAGAAACGUAUGUGCAAAUGACCUGUGCCAAGCUCAUGUCGCGAACAGGCCUCCUGAUGAAGCUUCUCAGCAAGCAGCAGGAAGCAAAGGCAUCCAAGGCAGAAUGGGAUACGGACCAAUGGAAAACUAACCAUAUUAAUGAGAGUGGAAAGAAAGAGCAGAAGUCGUCUGAGCUCAUGAAAGAAGUUCCACGAUACGGCCAUAACAACGAAGUCAUCUUGGCAAUAUCUGUGACUGUAACACUAACACUUUGGAUUGUAAUGAUUUGUCUGAUUGAGAUUCUUGCCCACAAAAGGGCAUCAAAGGAACAUGAAGAAAACUCAUCAGUGUGAGACCCCUGAGCCCAAGUUAAGGCAUCUGGAUGGCCUGGAGCCACGUUUUUAAAAUUUUAUUAUUAUUAUUUUUUUACUUAAAUCAAUGAUUACUUUGUGGUUGUGUUCCUCAAAACGAGGAUUUUUAACAAUAAUAAAAAUAAAACUUGUUAAAUCA